AACGAUAAACAUACAGCGAUAACUGAUUUCGAGUUGCUGAAUUUUCACAAACUGAAGCAAUAGUUUAUAAAAAUGACCAAAAUAACUCAGACAAAAUAUAAAUUUUUUAAGUGUUGAUGAAAUAAAAUUAAUACUCGGGUGCUUAAAAAAAUUCCAACUUUUCGUUGAUAAAACUUCCUCUAAUUAUGGCAAAAAAUUCUGUUUUCAUCUUUGUCAAUUGAUUUCAUACUUGAGAUUUUGGGGUUUGUUUUAAAAUCUGUCUAUUACUGUUCGGCCGUACAGAAGGAAGGUUGAACAAUCAUUUGGGAAUUGCAAUUUGCUGUGUUACACAAUUCUUAAUUUGACUUUUAUUUUGUCCUGCAAUCAACCAGUAAGACUAGCCUAUAUACAUGGAUGUGAAAAAGUAUUUGCCCCUUUCCUGAUUUUUGUGUUCUUUGCAUGUUUAUCAAACCAAUUUUAAUAUCACACAGAGACCACACCAAGGAAAUACAAAAUGCAGUUUCUGAAUGCCAAUUUAAUUUAGACACACACAAAAAAGCAUACCAAAAUUGCAAAUGUUUUAAGAUUUUAUUUAGCAUAUACCAUUUUUUUUUCCAAAACCUGACACCAGUGUGAAAACCAAUGCUCCCUCUAAACCACACCUAUGUCAAACUCAAAGCCCCGGGGCCAGAUCUUGCCCACCACAUCAUUUUAUGUGGCCCGUGAAAGCAAAUAAAAUAUGUCAACUUCCAUGAUGCUUGCUAAAAUCUCGACCAAAGCUUCAAAUUUUCAUGUGUUAACAAAUAAGAGACAUAUUGUAAGUAUUUUCUUGUAACCAAACCUCUCAUUACAAUAACUUAAACAAUUUUUGAAUAAACAGUAAUUUUUGACUUUUUAAAAUUUGGUUUCAGUCAUAACGGCCCUCCAAGGGAAACGGUAACUAAAAUGUGUCCCACGACAAAAAUGAAUUUGACACCCCUGCUCUAAACUGUGCGCAAUCGCGCAUUGCUCUCACCCAUUCGGCGCACCGUAAACACAUUUUAACGCUGUGCCGUAACAGCAUUUUGUAUUUUUGUUGUUUUUUUAUGCCUCAUACAAAGAAAUUGAGAAGUUGAUUGGGCGAAUGUCAUUGACGGUGGGGCAACAAAAAAUUGUGAAAGUGUGGGAGCAUUUCAGACUGAAAUGUGCACUCUUGUCGUGUCAUCAGUCACACAGACCUUGCUCCAAGAUGCCCACCUGGUUAAUUUUUUCUCGUCAACGAGACUUAUUUACAGUGAUAUGGUUGAUGUACGUUACUAUACUGUAUAACAUUACCCUAAGGAGGGCAUGCAUGGUCUCAGUUAAUCACAGUUAAACCACAAUAUGACUACCGUCGAGAUGCGGCUCGUUUAUUCACAUUAACUUUUUCAUCACCUUUAAAAUUACGAUUGCUUGUAAAAUACAUUAAUAUGAGUGCAUAGAUUGCCAUCGUCAUAUAAAACAUGAAUCUACAGUAAAUACACGAACAUUUUAUUAAGCAGUGUGAUACGUGUAAGAGGACGGUAGAGGGCGAGAUAGAAGAAUUAUACAUUUGGUUGGGAGAAGAAGACGCCUCUGGGUACUGGGUAGCGGAGGAUGGACAAUGGCCGUAGGGGAGGCCUUAGAAAAAAGCUUUCCCACGGCUCCCGGAGUCGGUCCGUCUAGUCGUGUGUUGUGAAGUCUCGGCAAAACUGGUGACGGAGUUUGUGGCUGGCUUUUCGUUUGGCUUGUUCGCCUUGACAUCUGCUAAUUGUAUUGUUUGCGGGGCAUUGGAAGAUGGGCUGCUGAAACCCGACGCUUCUCCCGUUUCUUCCUUGGUUUCGACAUGAGAGAAUAAAUCAGCUGUUCACAAAGAGGUGAACUUUGCCCCUUCUUUGCUGGUGAAUGACUGGUGCAUUUCAGAGAAGCUCCUUUUAUACCCAAUUAUGGCACCCUCCUGUUCCCAGUUUUCCUGGUCAUUUGCGGGAUGGUACCAAACAGGUUGACAACAAUGAAGAGCGCGCCAUGUUGCCUUGAACACGGACCACUUUCCCCGUUAGCGUUAUGUGCUCUCCUUUGACGAUGCGCCUAGAAGAAGUGUUCACACCUCUGCUGCUCUUCCUCCACCGCCAGGGGACACAGACACCAGUCUCUGCUGCCUCAUUAUGGGCCACCUGAAGCUUUCCACAACGCUGAGAGACAACAUCCUCAUGGCGAACAAUUCCCUUGGCUCCGAGGUGCCUCCACAUCCUAAGCCAACAGCCGCGACCCCAGAGAGCUUUAACGGCAUUAGUCUAUCCCUGCGGGUGUUCUUCUGCUUUGUUAUGGUUGGCAUUUUGCUGUUUUCUCUGUUAGGGAACAUGGUGGUGUGCCUGAUGGUCUACCAGAGAUCAGCCAUGCGCUCGGCUAUUAACCUCCUCUUAGCAAGCCUUGCCUUUGCAGAUAUGAUGCUCGCCAUUCUCAACAUGCCUUUCACGCUAGUUAGCGUCAUGACCAUCAACUGGAUUUUUGGGGAGGCUUUCUGUCGCGUUUCAGCCAUGCUCUUUUGGUUCUUUGUCAUGGAGGGAGUGGCCGUUCUGCUUAUAAUAAGCAUCGACCGCUUUCUUAUUAUCGUGCAGAAGCAAGAUAAGCUGAGUCCGCAGAGGGCUAAAGUGCUCAUACUGGUCACGUGGGGACUGGCUUUUUUUUUCUCCUUUCCUUUAGCUGUUGGUUCCCCUCGCCUCGAGAUGCCCCCCAGAGCUCCUCAAUGUGUUUUCGGCUAUAGCUCUGAACCAGGCUACCAUGCGUAUGUGUUGAUUGUAAUGCUGGUCUUCUUCUUUAUCCCCUUCAUGGUCAUGCUGUACACAUUCAUGGGGAUUCUAAACACCAUCCGCCACAACACAGCCCGCAUCCACAGCCACCCAGAUGGCACGUGCCUGAGCCAAGCCGGCAAACUGGGCUUGCUAAGCAUCCAGAAGCCCUUCCAGAUGAACAUCGACGUGAGUUUUAAGACGCGUGCCUUUGCCACCAUCCUCAUCCUCUUCUCUGUGUUUACAGUGUGCUGGGCACCUUUUACCGCGUACACUCUCGUAUCCACGUUCAAUAACGACUUCUACCGCAAAGACAGUUUUUUUCAAGUCAGCACUUGGGUGCUGUGGCUGUGCUACUUCAAGUCAGCGCUCAACCCGAUCAUUUAUUACUGGCGCAUCAAAAAAUUCCGUGACGCUUGUGUCGAUCUGAUACCAAAGUACUUCAAGUGUCUUCCGCAGCUGCCGGGCAACACAAAGAGGCGUAUACAACCGAGCGCCAUUUAUGUUUGUGAAGGGCAUCGGACUGUGGUUUGAGGGGGAGCAUUUCCCUGCGCUCCACGUAAGGCAACUGACAGUAGGUCGUAUGACCCACAUUCACAUCCAAACGGUCGACUUUCAGUGCACUCCAGCCACCGUAUCCAAUCUGGAUUGUUAUUGGAUAUUGAUAGCGACCUCAUGUAAAUACAGAAGUGUGCAUUGGAUCACUCCAGCACAGGAGAAGCCACCAGUGAAUUCAACACUGUUGAGGAAAAACGAAAACAUAGUGGCCCAAAGUGUGGCGUGAACUGCCACACUGCCAGUGCCACAAAAUAUCUUGUACUAAAAUAAUACCUUUCAAGGUGCCUGAACAGUUUGCAUAAAAUACCCAUACAAAUAUAUUUACGUGACAACUUUUCAAAAAUUAAUUACCGGUAGUCAAUACGGAUGUUUUUGGGUGUAGGUUUUGCCAAAGUUCAAGAAGUCACAAAAUUUCUUUGCAACGUUUUAUUUUCCCCCACUAAGCUCGCGUGGCACUCAGAUGUCACUUGACCAUUGCAAGCGGAGCCCGAGGGCACUAUGAAGUCAUGAUCAGUCACCAGCAGGUGUCAGUACAGAGUAAAAUGGCAGACAUACAGUAGAUAACAGUUUUUUUUCUAUUUGACAAAAGCAGUAUGAAUCAGAAUACCGUAUUUAUACCACAUUGAAAUAUAUUUCAUAAAAAUCUUUGACUUCACUUCAGCCUUAAAAAAUUCUAGAAAUUAAGCUGUCCUCAGCGUAUUCCUUGUGCCCCUUUUUCCGGAAAUCACAAUUCCAUAUGUGAUCCAAGUUUUCAGUGUAUUCUGUUUUCUGUCAUUUAGAUUGCUGUGGAAUAAAUAAACGCAUCAAUUCAACUUUGGCGAAAGCAAAGUGAUAUACAGUGGUACCUCUACUACGAAAUUAAUUGGUUCUGAAAGAAAUUUCCAAACUAGAAAAUUUGGCAAGUUGAGGCGCGUUUUCCAUGUAAAUGCCCUAAUCCGUUCCAAGCCCCCCCAAAAUUCAGACACAGAUGUGUUCUAAAGAUAGUAAAGAAUUAAAAUGAUGGUCAUUUAACUUUUAACUGUGUUCUCAUUGUUUUUUGCUGUCUUUAGUUCAUGUUCUCUCUCAAAAGUGUUUUUUUUUGUUUUGCUUUUUUUGCCUGGCAUUUUGUAAAGAACUGAUCUGAGGACGUCUGCUUUUGUCGGCUUUUAAUAAUCCUUCAAAAAUGUCCAAGCCAAACAUCAGCAUAGUGAACGAUCGCCUCACUGGUGAACACUUUUUCUGGGUGAUUCACAUUUAUGUAAAACUAUCGGAACGCCUCAUGGCCCGAGGGGCGAAUGACGAGGACGCUGCAUAUACAUAUAUAUCUAUCUAUCUACACGCAUAGACACAUUUGGUAGAAGUACCUCUCAGCCAAUGGGAUGCCAGGAAGAUGCUAUGUAUUAGCCAACGGCUUAGCAGCUAGAAGUAUGUUGCGUUCAGUAAAUUUGGAGCUGCGACUAGCAUGCCAUGCUGUAUUUUUACCUUUCAUAUCUUGAAAUUUCUUUCGUAAAAAGAGGCCAAAUUUUCCCGUUGAGGCGUUUCGUAACUUGAACAUUUCGUAUGAAGAGAUGUUCGUAAGUAAGAGGUACCACUGUAUAUUCAUUUUACCUUAAAAAGCAAAUAGUGGCUGAUGAGGAUUUGCCCAACCUGUUGUGGAAGAAUGAGUUCCUGUGCUAAUUAUUGCUCAGUUGUGUGUAUAUGUUGUACAAAGUUAACCACAAAUGAAAACUUGCUGCAUGUAUUCAUUUGUGACAACUACACUGGUUUACACUUAAAAUGUACUUCAAAGAUAAUAAAUAAAAGCACAAUGUUCUGCUAAUUUAUAUGGAAGACAAAAUGCAGUGUGACAAUAUUAAAGUUCGGAUAUCACUGCGGUGCCAAAAUGAUACAACGUGUGAAAUGUGUUUGUACUUUAGCUAUUAAUUAAGGAUUAGAAGCGAUUGUUUCCUCGACCCACCAAUGGCGCCUUUGCAAAAUUCGAGUGAAAUCAAGGCCGAACUUGUUGAUGGCCAUUCCACAUACAACAUACCGUAUACACUACUGGAAUAUUCCAAUGAGUAUGCCUUCUACAUUUCAAUUUUGGCUCGGGAAGCACUUUGUUUUUUUUUUUUUUAGCCUUAACCCUUUCGUGCACCCUGUAACCUGAUAACAUGACAAGCUGUCCACUGUAGUAACCGCUGUCCCUGAAAGGAUUAAGGUGUUUACCGGCAUAGAACAGAUUUUACAGUGUAUCUAAAGUGAAUAUUGUCUAUUUUUUGGUUGUGUGUGUGUGUUUUUACGCGGCCAAAACACGUUUUAACUCUUUCAAUAUGCCUGUUUAGUUAGAAUGCUGCUAUAUCUCAUGGUGAGACUGUGCAAUUAUCCUGUACUGUACAUUAUUGUACUGAUGAAUGUAAUAAAAUGUACAUUUCUACCUUGGUAA